AUGGCUGAUCACGAAUUCGCCUUGCAAUUGGCCGGCUCCUCUUGCAUGGCUUUGCCGAAGUUAAAACGCGGCGGCGGCGGCGGCGGGCCGGCGAGCGUUGUGUAUGAUAUCCUGAAUAAUAACCCCUCGUCUCUGUUUUUCCCUGUUUCAGCUCGGCAAACCAUGCAGGAUGAUUUAUUGAUGGACAAAAACAAAGCCCAGCCUCACCAUCAGCAAGACCCAGCGAACGUAGACCCUCCCUCCACCCCGACCCCCUCAUCGGAACCCCCUUCUCUGGAGGAGAGUCCCUCGACGGUGACCAGCCCAGCGGCCUCAGCGCUCGGUAGCAAAGACAACAAGGUGCCGAUGGAGUCGCCGAUCCUGCCCGGUUUGAGUUUCCACCAGCCGCAGGAGACCGGUGGCACCCUCUCCCCCUCGUUCGGGAGCACUUGGUCCACGGGAACCACGAACGCCGUGGACGACAGUUUUUUUCAAGGAAUACCCUCAAUGAACGGCACGAUGCUCUUCCAGAACUUCCCCCACCAUGUCAACCCGGUGUUUGGAGGUAAUUUCUCCCCUCAGCUCGGCUUGGCUCAGUCUCAGCACCAACAGCAGCACCAACAGCAGCAGCAGCAGCAUCAACAUCAGCAGCAGCAGCAGCAGCAGCCGCCGCCGCAACAGCAGCAGCAGCAGCAGCCCCCCCAGCAGAGGAGGUCCCCCGUCAGCCCCAACCAGGGCCCCUUAUUUCCUCAGAGAAACGCUUAUCAGACCAUCAUGAAUACUAAGGGGUCAUCGUCGUCCUCGGCCUCAUCAUCUGCUUGGAAUAACCAUCAAAAUGCUGCUUGGAGCACGGCCUCCAACCCCUGGAGCGGUCUUCAGGCGGGCAGGGACCCCCGGAGGGCCGUGGGCGUCGGGGUUGGUGUUGGUGUCGGGGUGCCAUCUCCUCUGAAUCCCAUCUCUCCCAUGAAAAAGCCUUACACUAGCAACGUUAUUGCACCCCCAAAAUUUCCAAGAGCUGGCCCCCUCGGUCCUAAGUCCUGGAUGGAGGACAGCGCCUUUAGAACAGACAACACCAACAAUAUACUGCCUUUCCAGGACCGGAACCGGCCCUUUGAUGCAUUUAACUUGCACUCUUUGGAGAAUUCCUUAAUGGAUAUGAUAAGGACUGACCAUGACAAAGGACGCAUGGGCCUUAACUUUCACCACCCUGGAGCAGACCACAUAAUGCCACUGAACAGUCGUUCCUCUCUGUUUCCCUUUGAAGACGGUUUCCUUGACGAUGGCCACGGCGACCCCUCCUUGACGCCAGGCCUGAAUUCACCAACCCGCUGUCAGAACGGAGAAAGGAUGGAGCGCUACUCCAGGAAAGUCUUUGUCGGAGGCCUGCCCCCCGACAUUGAUGAAGAUGAAAUUACCAACAGUUUCCGUCGCUACGGGCACCUGGUGGUAGAUUGGCCCCACAAAGCAGAGAGCAAAUCCUACUUCCCACCUAAAGGCUAUGCCUUCCUGCUGUUUCAAGAGGAGACCUCAGUCCAGGCCCUGAUCGAUGCCUGUAUCGAAGAGGAUGGCAAGCUCUACCUGUGUGUGUCCAGUCCCACGAUCAAAGACAAGCCUGUCCAGAUCCGCCCCUGGAACCUCAGCGAUAGUGAUUUUGUCAUGGAUGGCUCCCAGCCUCUAGAUCCCCGUAAAACCAUCUUUGUUGGGGGAGUGCCACGACCCUUGCGUGCAGUGGAGCUGGCUAUGAUCAUGGAUCGACUUUAUGGAGGCGUUUGCUAUGCUGGCAUUGACACAGACCCCGAACUCAAAUACCCGAAGGGUGCAGGUCGCGUGGCAUUCUCCAAUCAGCAGAGCUACAUAGCUGCCAUAAGCGCCCGAUUUGUUCAGCUGCAGCACAAUGACAUUGACAAAAGGGUGGAGGUGAAACCAUAUGUUUUGGACGACCAGAUGUGUGAUGAGUGCCAGGGGGCACGUUGUGGGGGGAAGUUUGCUCCCUUCUUCUGUGCCAAUGUUACCUGCCUGCAGUACUACUGCGAGUACUGCUGGGCCAGCAUCCACUCGCGUGCCGGCCGGGAGUUUCACAAGCCACUGGUGAAGGAGGGGGGAGACCGCCCUCGACACGUGUCCUUCCGCUGGAGCUGAGAGGGUGGGUAACCAGCACUGCCCCCCGGCGAACCCCUCCCUUAAUGCCCCUCCCACCCUAUCACCACCGACACCACCCUGACCCCCAUCCCCACCCCAUACCCCUACCCUUCAAACCGGGACAGUGCUGCUACCUGCUACCACCCAACUCACAGCUACUCCUCCCUGCUGCCCACAACCACCUCAUGGAAAAAUAUAACAACAAAACAAAAACAAAAGGAUAUCAUCAAAUCCAUGGGACCUUAUUCUUCAAACCACAUCGCUCUGGACUCAUUGUCUAGUG